AUGCCUAUCGUUCACAUUGUUCUCUUUCAAUUCAAGCCAGAUGUCGAGGCUUCAGUAAUCAACGAUACAUGCAAUCGUAUGCUCGCAUUGAAAGAUAAUUGUCUUCAUCCGACAUCUCAAAAGCCAUAUAUCGAGACAUCUUCGGGUGGGGCAGAUAACUCCAUUGAAGGAAUUCAGAAAGGAAUUACCCAUGCCUUCGUUGUUCAGUUCGCGACCGCAGAAGAUAGAGACUACUAUGUUCGAAGCGACCCAGCGCACCAGGAGUUUGUUCGGAGCGUAGGCGGAAUUAUUGAGAAAGCUCAAGUGAUCGAUUAUACGCCUGGAACGUUUUAA